CCUGGGAGGGCCCGGUCUCACUGAGGCUUUCCCAACGCAAGGCCGGCGAAAGCAAUGGAGCCCUGGCGCCCCAGCCCAAGAAACCCAAUGGACUGGAUAGAUCCUAACACCUUCCGGUUCCAAUUUGCAAACCUGCGCUAUGCUUAUGAAUGGAAACUCUGCUAUCUCUGCUUCCAAGUGGACAGAGAAGACUUCUCAUAUGAUGACAGUAACUGGGGAAUUUUUCGGAACAAGGUCCAUCCCCGGGUUCCCUGUCACGCAGAACUCUGCUUCCUCUCUUGGUUCCGUGACCAGUACCCAUCCCGUGAUGAGCAUUACCAUGUCACCUGGUUCUUAUCUUGGAGCCCCUGCCCCACCUGUGCAGAGAAGGUGGUCAGGUUCUUGGAGGAGUACAAGAACUUGAAACUGAGCAUCUUUACCGCCCGCCUCUACUACUUCUGGCACGAAGAUUUCCAGGAGGGGCUUCGCAACCUACGGGACAUAGGGGUCCAGUUGGACAUAAUGCGCUGUGAUGAUUUUGAAUACUGUUGGGACACCUUUGUUGACCACAAUGGGAUGCGCUUCCAGAGAUGGAAUAUGUUAAAAGAUUAUGAUCUCUUGGUCACAGAGCUUGAUGAAAUCCUUAGAACCACGAUGACUCUACUAAAAGCAGAUAUAUUCUACCAUCACUUUGGCAACCAGUCCCGGGUCCCAAAGCCCUUCAAGCGGAGGAAAACCUAUCUGUGCUACCAGCUGAAGCAACUCGAAGGUCCCACAAGUGUCAAAGGCUGCCUUCAAAACAAGGAAAAUUGCCAUGCAGAAAUGUGCUUUAUUAACAAGAUCCAGUCGCUGCAACUGGACCCAUCCCAAAGAUUCGAAAUCACCUGCUAUAUCACAUGGAGCCCCUGCCCCACCUGUGCCCGGAAUCUGGUGGAGUUUGUCAGACACCACACCUACCUCAGCCUGCGGAUCUUUGCCUCCCGCCUAUACUUCCACUGGCGCAGGAAGCAUGUGCUGGGGCUGAGACACUUGCAGUCAGAGGUCCCCGUGGCCGUCAUGGGCCGCCCAGAGUUUGAGGACUGCUGGAGGAAGUUUGUGGACCACCAGGACAGGCCAUUCCAGCCCUGGAACAAUCUGGACCAAAAUACUAUAAAGAUAAAACGUCGGCUCAGGAAGAUCUUGAUGCCCCAGAAUGAUUUAGUGAAUGACUUCAGAAACCUGCAACUUGAAUGACCAUCGACACCCCCCCCCCCCCGCCCUCCCCCCCCCCCC